AUGCUCGUCCAGUCGGCGCCUGCAUAUAGCCUGCCUGGCCCUCCUCUGCCGCCUGCGAUUUGGAGACGGAUUUUUAGGUGGGUGCUUGGAAUGCAUGAGGGAUUAGGAGGCGAUGACAUGACAGCGGAGACGACGCCUCUGAUCUCCCAUCCCCGAUAUUUCGUGGGAUAUGCUGAGGAGUUUGUGGAGUGGGGGGAGGCUCUACUGCAGGAUUCUGGGUUCUGGACAACAUUAUGCUUGUGGGUGGGCAAGUGUCCAUCGGCCGAUAGUGCAGCCGAGGUCGAAGCAGUACUUCGGGCGUCUGGGGAUGCACCGCUCGACAUCACGGUUAUCAUAGCCCUGGAGCCACAGGAAGAACGUGCCCGAGCGGACGCAACGCGCGCGGUCUUUGAUCUGCUGGCGAAAGAAUCGCAUCGGUGGACGUCGCUGGUAAUCCGCGCGCCACGGUUUCCCUUGACGGACUGGCCUGCUAUGACGGUUCGACAAUUGCGGUACCUGGAACUGGACGGCUCCUUGGAGAGGUUGGGUGGCGAGACGAUGGGGCGGGAACCUCUCGAAGCUGGCGCAAGGACAGGGUGGGAUACAUGGAUGGCGGCGCUGCGAGAGGCUGACCAACUGCACUCGUCUGGAUGCCUUCGGUUACGAGCGACGGACCGACAUGCGCUGUCAGCAACGUUUGGCGAAACGUGGACGUGCUUCCAAGAUGUGCGGGUGAUCCAAGACGGGACCCCACCAACAGGUGAGGCUUGGACGAACAUGUUCUCCACUGCCUCGCAUCUGCGUCGGCUCGCGAUCGUCUGUCCAAGAAUACCGCGCGAGAAACUCAACGUGCAGACUGGCGGCAUCACUCUGCAGGCGUGUCAUCUACGGCAACUCACUCUGACAUGCUCGACGGCGCAGAUGCGCUGGAUCCUGAAGGGCACCUCACUGCCGCGGCUGGAUAUCAUGUACUUGGAGGCACGGGACCGCAAUCAGGCUGACGACUGGGAUCACCCACCGAUGGAGCUCACCGCGGACGACGUUGCACGCAUGGCUGGCGCCACGCCAGCGCUCAAGCACGCGGCCUUCGUGUUCCUACGCGCUCACCCUUUAACAUGGUUGGCGUGGCUAGGCGGCCUGCGUCAUCUAGAGGGAGUCGUCUUUCAUGGUCUCUGCAAUGGAGGCAUGAUCGGUGGUGCGAGACCUGCUGGGGAUCAUACCCAGUAUAUGGCAUCUCCCCUGAUCGUGGAUGCGUUUGCGAACGGCCUAUGUCCUGCGCUCCGCUACCUUCGCAUAGGCCCUGGUGCCCUUCCGCCGACGGAUGCUGGGAACUCGUCCCUGGUGCGCUUGGUUCAGGCGCGAUGUAGAUCGCGAAGCGGACAGCAGGCCGCAAACCUCAGCGUCGACAUCACGUCCCCGCAGUGCGAUGCUCACUCCCUAGGACAUCUGGUGCAUGUGGAGCGAGCGCUGGAUGAAUUCGGAUGUACCUGGUUUUGGGAGCGGAGGCACCGCCGACAAGACCUGCCUUGGUACGUGGAUGGGUUAGAGGACGCGCGGUUCGAGGGAUACGACCCGGGUGUGGAGAUAGACGAAUUGGGGUAUAUUGCCCGGGCGGAGGAGCUGUCGAGACUAGGCGACGAGGGGCAAGUGAGAUGGGGGCGUCUGACGGAAACCAGGCCAACGCUGCAAUGUGCGACGUGCAGAUUGGGAGAUAUUGGAUGGGAGUACGAUGGCAACGAUCGCGAUGAACCAGACGAGGCGGCGGGUAUGGCGAACAUGGCAUGGCCGCAUGGGGAGUACGAGAAGGCAGAAACAGAGAGCGUGGGAAGCAGCGAGUCGGUGGACAGCUUCCACAAGUGGUUCGGUGAGGGGAACUGA